AUGAAUCCAUCCGGUAUUUCAUGUUUCUAUGUUUCGAAAGUAUCAAGACGAUCUGUCUCAUGUGGUGGAUUUCUUCUCAUUCCAGUUGGGCAAGGAUUUAUCUUAUGUCGAGGAGCCAGUGGCUAUAUAGGACAGGCAGCUUCUGGUGUCAUCGCACCUGCGGUGAGGUUAGCCGUAGGUGCGGACACGUAUGUGCGAAUCGAGGAGCGCAGAAGAGGAGUUGUGAGAUGCGCUAGAGAAACCGCAGGCCCGGAGGAAGACCGCGGAAGAGGACCAUUGUCCGCAGGUGCGCACAUGCAGGUGCGGCAACCUGAUCGCAGAAGCGGUCCCAGUUACCUUAGUCAUUUCCUCACCUUCGAUGGAAAUUCCGUAGGUGCGGCAUCGCAGGUACGACUGGAAGCCCGCAGAUCCAGGUGCUUCUUAUCAACCCCGCUAUUAGCUAAGAGCGCUUGCUUCUGUACGGAGACUUCAAGAAAAUGCUCUUCGCAAUCGCGAAGACUCAUAUGUGAUCGCGUAAGUCCAGAAAAAUAUGAUGCGCUAACGCGGAGCAAUUGCCACGAACUCGAAGAAGAAAGAUGGCCAGCUGCAGUCAGGUGCCCUACGCAAAUGCGAGGUUUGGUUUGCGAUCGCGAUGCUUUGCAGUAUCACUCUUCCGAUCGUAGGCUUAUUUUCGCGAACGCGAUUCACUCAAAUCUAGCAAAAAUCUGGGCAGUUAUGGAAUUUCAUGUUUUUGACCCCAAACCAUUUAAUAUACGACCUAGCUUAGGAAAACGAAUCUUUGGCAGAUCUUUGGCAUCAUGGGCAGCUUUUAAAUAUAUUAUUUUUUUGCUUGUAUUUAUGUAUUCCGAAAGUCUGUAUGAAUACUUAAUAGGAGUUGGGAGUUAUGACAUGACUGGCCCAGCUGCUCAAGUAAACAUGAUGGGAUAUGGUAAUUUUGAUCAAGUUACUGGCGGUAUACAUUUCAGGUUAAGAGCUAGGACUUUCAUUGUUGCUGAAAAUUCAAAAGGUCCGAGGUUUGCUUUCGUUAACCUUGAUGCCGGGAUGGCUUCACAACUUGUGACAAUAAAAGUACUUGAGAGACUAAAAUCAAUGUAUGGAAAUUUAUACAGUGAAGAUAAUGUUGCAAUAAGUGGGACACAUACUCAUGCUGGUCCAGGAGGUUACUUGCAAUACGUGACUUAUACUGUAACUUCGCUUGGCUUUGUUCCUCAGUCAUUUGAUGCCAUUGUUACUGCUAUUGAAUACAGCAUUGUCCAAGCUCAUGACAAUCUAAAGCCUGGUUCCAUCUUUAUCAACAAAGGGGAUCUAGAGAAUGCAGCUGCAGGUAUAAACAGGAGUCCAAGUGCAUAUCUAUUCAACCCUAAAGAAGAGAGGUCCAAAUAUCUUAACAAUGUUGAUACUCUAAUGACCCUUUUAAAAUUUGUGGAUGGAGAGACUAGAAAAAGUGUUGGUGCAUUCAACUGGUUUGCAACACAUGGAACUUCAAUGAGCAGAAAUAACAAGCUUAUCAGUGGAGAUAACAAAGGUGCAGCUGCUAGGUUCUUUGAGGACUGGUUUGCUUCUCAGGAGAAAAAUUCCUCAACAAAUUCUACCACUUACUCUAAGGUGAUAGGUAGAAACCAAGAUUUGUUCGAUAAAGCAUCCACAAUCAAGGCCACAGGAGGAAAAGAUUGUGCAAAUACAACAAGCCAAGGGUUUAAGGUGAGGAAGAACAAAGAAUUGAAAUUUGUUGGAGCAUUUUGCCAAUCAAAUGUUGGAGAUGUCAGCCCAAAUGUGCGUGGAGCAUUUUGCAUUGACAGUGGAUUACCUUGUGAUUUUAAUCACUCUUCUUGUCAUGGCAAUGACCAACUCUGUGUGGGCCGUGGGCCUGGAUAUCCAUAUGAAAUCUUGAGUACAAAGAUUAUUGGAGAGAGACAGUUUCAAAAGGCUGUUGAGCUUUUCACUUCAGCUAAACAAGAAUUAACAGGGAAGAUUGAUUAUCGCCAUGUUUAUUUAAACUUUACAAAUAUUAAAGUUCAAUUAGAAGGAAAUAAGGUUGUCCAAACAUGCCCUGCAGCAUUGGGCCCAGGAUUUGCUGCUGGAACUACUGAUGGGCCUGGUGUUUUUGGUUUCCAGCAAGGCGAUACCGAGAUCAAUCCAUUUUGGAAAAAGCUAAGAGAUGUGUUAAGAGAACCAAGCCCAUAUCAAGUGGACUGUCACAAGCCCAAGACUGUUUUGCUGGACACUGGAGAAAUGUCUUGGCCCUAUCCGUGGGCGCCAGCAAUACUUCCAAUUCAAAUUAUUAGGCUGGGAAGUCUCAUCAUUCUCUCUGUGCCAGGAGAGUUUACAACAAUGGCUGGUCGUCGAUUAAGAGAGGCAGUAAAAGAAACACUAAUAAGCAGUGGAAAUGGCGAAUUUGACGACCAAACUGAGGUCGUCAUAGCAGGCCUAACCAACGCUUACUCACAGUAUAUAACAACUUUUGAAGAAUACGAGCAACAAAGAUACGAGGCUGCAUCUACCCUAUAUGGUCCCCAUACAUUAUCAGCAUAUAUUCAAGAAUUCAAGAAGUUAGCUAAAUCUAUGGCAAAAGGAGAACAAAUUUCUAAAGGACCUUCACCUCCAGAUCUUUUGUCAAUUCAACUUAGUCUACUACCAAAUCCUACUGGUGACUCACCUCCACAAGGCAUAAAUUUUGGUGAUAUUAAACAAGACAUAAAUGUACCAAAAUCAGGAACAUUUAAAAAGGGUGACAAAGCAAUUGCUACAUUCUGGAGUGCAAAUCCAAGAUAUGACUUACUUACUGAAGGCACAUUUGCUGUUGUGGAAAUGCUUCAAGGCAAAAACUGGAUACCUGCAUAUGAUGACGACGAUUUUUGCUUGAUCUUUAAAUGGCUAGCAGAAAAUAUUACUGCUAUUGCUGCUGCUGCUGCUGCUGCUGCAAAUGCUACUGCUCAUGUGAAUAGUUAUAGUUAUGCUACACUUGAAUGGGAAGUACCAGACGAGGCUAAUCAUGGCGUUUAUCGCUUAAGGCAUUUUGGAUCAACAAAGAAAACGAAUGAAUCACCAAACUCGUAUUAUACUGGUGCAUCUAGUGCUUUUACUGUGUCUUAGGAUAGUAAGACACAGGAAAUCCAAC